AUGGUGCCCUGCUGGAACCACGGCAACAUCACCCGCUCCAAGGCGGAGGAGCUGCUCUCCAGGACCGGCAAGGACGGCAGCUUCCUCGUGCGCGCCAGCGAGUCCAUCUCCCGGGCGUACGCGCUCUGCGUGCUGUAUCGGAAUUGCGUUUACACGUACAGGAUUCUGCCCAAUGAAGACGAUAAAUUCACGGUUCAGGCGUCCGAAGGUGUCCCCAUGAGGUACUUCACCAAGCUGGACCAGCUCAUCGAGUUCUACAGGAAGGAAAACAUGGGCCUGGUCACCCACCUGCAGUAUCCCGUGCCUCAGGAGGAGGAGGAUGCCGGGGACGAGCCCGAGGAGGAGACAGAAGCUGUCCUGUCUCCACCCGAGCUGCCCCCAAGAAACAUCCCUUUAUCCGUGGGGCCGUGUGAGGCCAAGGAGAGCCCUGUUUCCAUGGAGAACCCCAGAGCCACUGAGGUCAGCCGGCCCAGCCUCUCCGAGACCCUGUUUCAGCGACUGCAGAGCAUGGACACCAGCGGGCUUCCGGAAGAGCAUCUCAAAGCCAUCCAAGAUUACCUGAACACGCAGCUCUCCUUGGACUCUGACUUCGUGAAGACGGGUUCCAGCAGCCUCCCGCAUCUGAAGAAGCUCACCAUGCUUCUGUGCAAGGAGCUCUAUGGGGAAGUGGCCCGGAUCCUCCCCUCCCUGGAGUUUCUGCAGAGGCUGUUUGACCAGCAGCUCUCCCCAGGCCUCCGACCUCGACCUCAGGUCCCUGGAGAGGCCAGUCCCAUCAACAUGAUGGCCAAGCUCAGCCAGCUGACAAGCCUGCUGUCCUCGGUGGAAGACAAGGUCAAGGCCUUGCUGCACGAGGGUCCCGAGUCCACCCACCGGUGUUCCCUCAUCCCCCCGGUCACCUUUGAGGUGAAGUCAGAGUCUCUAGGAAUUCCCCAGAAAUUGCAGCUCAAAGUGGACGUUGAAUCUGGGAAACUGAUCCUUAAGAAGUCCAAGGAUGGUUCUGAGGACAAAUUCUACAACCACAAGAAAAUCCUGCAGCUCAUCAAGUCUCAGAAGUUUCUGAACAAGCUGGUGAUUUUGGUGGAAACAGAGAAGGAAAAGACCCUGCGGAAGGAGUAUGUCUUCGCUGAUUCCAAGAAGCGGGAGGGCUUCUGCCAGCUGCUGCAGCAGAUGAAGAACAAGCACUCGGAGCAGCCGGAGCCCGACAUGAUCACCAUCUUCAUCGGCACCUGGAACAUGGGUAACGCCACCCCCCCCAAGAAGAUCACGUCCUGGUUUCUCUCCAAGGGGCAGGGGAAGACGAGGGACGACUCUGCUGACUACAUCCCCCACGACAUCUACGUCAUCGGCACCCAGGAGGACCCCCUGGGGGAGAAGGAGUGGCUGGAGACACUCAAGCACUCCCUGCAAGAAAUCACCAGCAUGACCUUUAAAACAAUCGCCAUCCACACCCUGUGGAACAUUCGCAUCGUGGUGCUGGCCAAGCCGGAGCACGAGAACCGGAUCAGCCACAUCUGCACGGACAACGUGAAGACGGGCAUCGCCAACACGCUGGGCAACAAGGGAGCGGUGGGGGUGUCCUUUAUGUUCAACGGCACCUCCUUGGGGUUCGUCAACAGUCACUUGACUUCCGGAAGCGAAAAGAAACUCAGGCGAAACCAGAACUAUAUGAACAUUCUCCGGUUUCUGGCUCUGGGAGAUAAGAAACUGAGUCCCUUUAACAUCACUCACCGGUUCACCCACCUCUUCUGGCUCGGUGACCUCAACUACCGUGUGGAGCUGCCCACCUGGGAGGCGGAGGCCAUCAUCCAGAAGAUCAAGCAGCAGCAGUACGCCGACCUCCUGGCCCACGACCAGCUGCUCAUGGAGAGGCGGGAGCAGAAGGUCUUCGUGCACUUCGAGGAGGAAGAAAUCACGUUCGCACCCACCUACCGAUUUGAAAGGCUGACCCGGGACAAGUACGCCUACACCAAGCAGAAGGCCACCGGGAUGAAGUACAACCUGCCCUCCUGGUGUGACCGAGUCCUCUGGAAGUCCUACCCACUGGUGCACGUGGUCUGCCAGUCCUACGGCAGCACCAGUGACAUCAUGACCAGUGACCACAGCCCUGUCUUUGCCACCUUUGAGGCAGGCGUCACCUCCCAGUUUGUCUCCAAGAACGGUCCCGGGACUGCCGACAGCCAAGGGCAGAUCGAAUUUCUUGGAUGCUAUGCCACACUCAAGACCAAGUCCCAGACCAAAUUCUACCUGGAAUUCCACUCGAGCUGCUUAGAGAGUUUUGUCAAGAGUCAGGAAGGAGACAAUGAAGAAGGAAGCGAAGGCGAGUUGGUGGUGAAGUUUGGAGAGACCCUUCCAAAGCUGAAGCCCAUCAUCUCCGACCCCGAGUACCUGCUGGACCAGCACAUCCUGAUUAGCAUUAAGUCCUCCGACAGCGACGAGUCCUACGGCGAGGGCUGCAUCGCUCUGCGGCUGGAGGCCACGGAAACUCAGGUCCCCAUCUACACGCCGCUCACCCACCACGGCGAGCUGACCGGCCACUUCCGCGGCGAGAUCAAGCUGCAGACGUCCCAGGGCAAGAUGAGAGAGAAGCUCUACGACUUUGUGAAGACCGAGCGGGAUGAGCCCAGUGGGCCCAAGUCUCUGAAGAGCCUCACCGGCCACGACCUGGUGAAGCAGUGGGAAGCUGCCAGCAGGGUCCUUCCAGGUGGUGGCUCCGCCCUCGCUGAAAUCAUCAACCCCAACUACAUGGGGGCGGGGCCCCUUGGGCACCUGAAGCAGGUGCUGUCCCCCGAUCAUCAGCCCUCAGCCUGGAGCUAUGAGCAGCCGCUCAAGGACUCCUACCUGGGCCCAGGAGUCGGGGAGAGCCCCCCGACCCCGCCCUCCCAAGCGCCCAUCUCUCCGAAGAAGCUGUCAUCCUCAUCACGGGGCCCCGGCCCUAGGACUCAGGAGUCAAGGUCCGGGGACGCAGGCAAGAACACUGGGGAGCCUUCGCCGGAGGCCCUGGACCUGACCAAGCCCGAGAUGUUCGAGAACCCACUGUACGGGUCUGUGAGUUCUUUUCCUAAGCUGGUUCCCAGGAAAGAACAGGAGUCCCCCAAAUUGUCGCGGAAGGAGCCCCCGCCCUGCCCGGACGCGGGAAUCCUGUCGCCCAGCCUCCUACUGCCCAAGCCCCAGGAGCCCGAGGGCGGCAAGGGCGGCAAGCCCGUUGCCGCCGCCUUCCUGAGCCCCACGCCGCGGCUGCGCUCCUUCACUGAAGCCUCCGGUGAGCUGGCAGAGAGAGGGAGCCCAGAGGAGCAGCCAGACGCGCCAGCCCCGUCCCACGCCUCCUGUGGCGCCCUCCCCAGCCGCCUGUGCACAGCUUCAUGUUUCCCAGCCGAGGACCCGGCUUCGGUGGCCCAGGAACUCGGCACCCGGUGA